AUGCUUUCACUUCUCCUCUCUGCUGAGCUUACAGGGGUCACCGACCUUCGGCCCAAGGACACGGAGGAAGAGCCAUACUUCUACACCUUCAAGGUACAAUGCACUUCUUGCCGCGAGGUGCAUCCGAACUGGGUCAGCUUUAAUCGCUUUGAGCAACAUGAGAUUCCUGGAAGUCGGGGCGAGGCCAACUUUGUGUGGAAAUGCAAGCUUUGCCAGGUUGGUCUCUUCCUAGCAAUCAUGUGCUCGGCCCGCCUUUUUCGAGCCGUCUCCUUUGUUCUUGCGAAAACCCAUUCCGCUUCGAUCGUCAACGGUCCGCAUACCUAUGAGGGGGAUGAAAAGCGCAAGGGCCGCAAAGUAAUCGAGAUCGACUGCCGUGGACUGGAGUUCACGGAGUUCAAGCCUGAUGGAGAGUGGGAGGCAAAGGGCAUUGAAUCAUCCACGCCUUUUACUGGUAUAGAUCUGUCCGAGGGUGAAUGGUAUGAUUAUGACGAGAAAGCCGGUGAGGAGGUUUCCAUCAAGGAAAUCAGCUGGGAGUUUCAACCAGUUAACCCCCGGCCCUUUCUGCAAGCUCGGGUCGGCACCGAGCUCAUCAUCCGUCUCAAGUGGGGCCAGACAGAGUACAAGGGCAAGUUGGAAAGCAUCGAUUCGUACAUGAACGUCCUCCUGAGGGAUACGGAGGAAUUCAUCGAUGGAAAGAACACGGGUACACUUGGUCUUGUGCUGAUUCGGUGUAACAACAUUCUCUGGAUGGGAUCGGCAGACAGUGUUGAGAUGACGGAUCUGGGACUGCGAUAG